GCCACCGACAGGGAAUUGUUAUUGUUUUUGAACCGAAAAAAAUUGUGUCCUCGCUGUAGAACAGCACAACAAAUGCGGUAAACGGGAUACAUAUCUGCUAAGCAAGGAGCCGAGUGCAUAGAGUUCGUGGUCGGCGUCAUCGAGCACAUUUAAGUAGGAAAUGGGCAUCAACGUAAGCAGAAAUGCCGAUUUGGCUUCCAAUGAUUUGCUGUGCCGCCUCGUUGGGAGGAGGCACAUAGCUGCUGAUGACGAGCCCUAUUGGAACGGCUUGCUCAACUACAACAUUGUCAUGCCGGAAAACAGCCAAGAUCAGCUGAAUCUGGACUCGCGGCUAGAGUCGCUGUGUCAAUCGUUCAUAAGCAAUAAUCUGAAGACGGGAAACUUUGGCUCGUUGAUUACUGUGUUUCUAGAGAAGGCCACCGAGCUGUUGUCACUGUCAGAUCAAGAGAGUAAUAUGCAUGUGUGGCAGACCUUUAAUGCGCUCUUCAUAAUACGGACGCUCGUGAAGUAUAUUAAUGAGACGGGCUCGGAGUUUCAACUGUUGCAGCAUUUCGAGGCUAUGCCCAGCGAGGACAUGUUACGGGCGGAGCAGGAACAGCCGUCUGCACCACCCGAAAGCGCAACUAUAGCCAUUGAAGCUACGGAAAAGUUGGGGCCUCCGGUUAUUGUAGAUGGGGCGAAAUUCGAGACUUUUAUUGAUGCGCUAGUGAAUCUUAUUGUUGUGAUACCUGUCAAGGAGUUCACUUAUCACCUGCAUAUGGAGGCAGUCAACUCCAUCAUCACACUGCUGUCGGUUCAUCUGUUUGCACAACAGCCAACGGAGAAGUCCAUCGUCUUUCGAACCAUUUACAAGUGCCAGCAUGCUAAUGUGUUGAUGUCUGCGCUAUUGCAUUUUGUGUCGCGCAUGGUUGAGGUGCCGCACACCAUGUUUGGGUCCAGUUCAGCAGGCUCCUUUGUGUUUGGCAUUGCCGAGUCACUGCUGUCCAUGUUCACGUUUCGCAAACAGCAGGAUGUGCUUAAGGCGAACAAUGCUACUGGCGCAGAGCUCUCACAGCAGUUUCGAACACACUAUCCGUUAGCUAAUCAGAGCCUGCUUCUCAUCCUGGUCCUCACUAAUCACUACACGGCCCAAGAUAAUGCCUAUCGCACGAGUCUUUUUAGCUGUGCAGAUUCCAAGGAUUCGCCGAAGGAGGGCAGUCAGGCUGUUUCCUUCCAAAUAGAUUUCUCGGCAGUCUAUGACACGCUCUGUCGCAUUGUUACCAUCGAUCAGGCCACGCUACUGCUCUACCUGCUGCUUCAUCGCAAUGAGCGUUUCUAUCGGUUUGUCAUGCAGCAGAAUGAUCUGGAACAGUUAGUUAUUCCUAUAUUGCAAACUCUAUACAACGCACCAGACAGCAAUUCGCAUCACAUCUAUAUGUCCCUCAUUGUACUGCUAAUUCUAAGCGAAGACGAAGGCUUUAACAAGAACGUGCACACAAUUAUGCUAAAGAACAUCACGUGGUAUACAGAGCGCACAAUAUCGGAAAUAUCGCUUGGUGGCAUUCUUAUUUUGAUCGUCAUACGCACCAUACAGUACAACAUGCUAAAAAUGCGCGACAAGUACUUGCAUACGAAUUGCUUGGCCGCUUUGGCCAACAUGUCCGGCCACUUCCGAGCGCUUCACCCGUAUGUUGCUCAGCGUCUAGUUUCGCUGUUUGAAACGCUAGCACGCAAGCAUACGCGCCUGGAUGCGCAAUUGAAGGAGCCUGCCGAUAGUGCCGUCUUCGUGAAUGUAUCCACCACUCCUGAGGAUAUGAUGCAGGAUCUCAGUGUGCUGGAGGAGGUGCUGCGCAUGGUAUUGGAAAUUCUAAAUUCCUGUCUGACCAACCAGCUUGUCUAUUGCCCCAAUUUGGUCUAUACAUUGUUGUACAAGCGCAGCGUUUUCGAGGGCUUCCGCAGUCAUCAUGCCUUUCAAGAUGUUAUACAGAACAUUGACAUGGUUGUUGGAUUCUUCUCGUCUCGACUGCAACGCGUGCAGGAGCAACGGGGAGAGCUUGGCGUUAAUGAAGUGCUAGAAGUGAUAUCAAAGGGCGCUAGCCAAUGGUCCAGCGAUCGAUUGAGAAAAUUUCCCGACCUUAAGUUUAAAUAUGUUGAGGAGGAUGCACCCGAGGAGUUUUUCAUUCCAUAUGUCUGGACGUUGGUCUGCAAGUACGGCUGUGUACACUUUAGCUCCGAGAGCAUCAAAAGUGUCACAACAGAUAUUGCCUGCUAAUAUUGGCCCCAUACACGGAUUGUGGUCGGAAGGAUUCACUUUAAUUUGCAAUAUGAAAAAGUUCAGCUUUUUGCUGGAGCAUGCACACACAAACACAUACUUUUCGUUUAAGUCUGCGCCCUUUAUAUUCUAAAUAUUUAUUUAACAGUUGGCAUACGUGGUAGUUGUGCGCUGUUUUCAAAUUACACACUGAUUGAAGCCAAAAGGUCACACUUUAAGCAGCUUGUACGUUGACGAUAAAAAACAUACAUGUUAAAAAAUACUUAUUACCUAUCAUAGUUUUAAACAAAUCCAUAUGGGAAAUGUUCAAGAUAAUAACAAAAUAAUUAUUUUGCUACGCUAAUUACAAACAAACGAGUAUAUAGUGAAGAAAAUGUUAAGCUCCAAACGCCUAUCAAACGAUUGUAAUAAUCAACAACUAUACAAAACAUAUUAAAUAAACAAAAUAUAUAUACAUAUUAUAUAUAUAUAUAUAUUUACACAGUGUAUGUUAGUUUAAUAUAUAAA